AUGGCAACAUACCUCAUUACUGGCGCUUCCAGAGGCAUCGGACUCGAGCUUACCAAGCAAUUGCUCGAACUACCGGCCUCCCAAGUCUCCAAGAUCUUCACCGUCGCUCGCAACGCUGAGAGCGAUGCCAUCAAGCAACUUGUGCAGGAAUACCCCGACCGCGUCUAUCCAGUCUCUGCUUCUGUCGAUGACACCGCCAAUGUCCAAAAGGCAGUCGAAACCAUCAAGGCCAAGCUUUCAGGUCAAGGUCUCGACGUUUUGGUCAAUAAUGCCGGCAUCAGUGGUUUGACUUUUGGCUCUGGCUCAAUCAAGGAUAUGGAACUCGACCAGUUGACUCAGGUUCUCGAUGUCAAUGUGGUUGCGGUACAGAGGAUGAGUGCUGCUUUCAUGCCUUUGCUCGAGCAAGGCACUCAGAAGAAGAUCAUCAACAUGUGUGUAUCUCACCAGAUAGACCUAAAUGUGAAAGCUGACAAGAACACUCAGNNAUCUUCGGGACUUGGCUCCUUCGCCUAUGCUGCUCACACUGCAUCAAUGCCUACCGAUGCAUACAUCAUCUCCAAGACUGCCCUUAACAUGCUUACCCUGAGGUGGGCGCACCAGUAUUCGAAUACUGGAUUCACCAUCUUUGCCGUCUCCCCUGGCACCGACAUGGGCUCUGCUAAUGCAGACCUGAGUGUUGAGGUAGGUGUCGCCGAGGUCAAGAGACUCAUCUUGGUAAGCGGCAAAGAACAGAAUGGAAGGUUUCUGAACAUCAAGGUGCCCAAGACGGAUGAGAUGAUGUGGGAGUAUGACGGCAAGGAUAUCCCUUGGUAG